GUCAUAUGGACCAAUUUUAGCCAAUUUUUUGUUAAAUGAAUAGUAGUACUAUACUAGGUCACAAACACUCUAUCUUCCGCCGCCUUUAAACUCUUCCGCGUUAACCACCGUGUAGCACCACCAUUGUCAUUUGUCGCCGUUCAGAUUCAUCUUUCCAUCACCGCAGCUCGUUGUCCAGUUUCCCCAUUCGGACGACGCGAUAAUGGAGUUCUAUUGAGUCGCGAGGCUCUACGGGUAGGGUGGUCUUGUUUCUAAUCAUGUUGUUGCUAAGAAAUUUGAAGCCUUUUUUCAGGCGGAAAAGCCAUUAUAGCUUCGGUAUCCUCUCUAGAGCAACUACUUUACCGGACCAAAUCACUUCAGAAUUUAACGAAAUAUGCUGCCGCAGAACUUUUUGGAGCUCUACUUCAAGCUGCAAUGAGAUGAUUGGAUUGUCAUCAAGUAAUUCUCGAAAUCCUUAUUUCUUUCAUAAUGUUGCGGAAUUCUGUACUUUGUUAGGUCAAGAGAAGGCAGAUGAAUUGUUAGAUAAUGCUGCUGCUACUAGUAGUAGUGAUAGAGGAAAGGAAGCGAAAUAUACUACUAGAGAGAUGGUUGAUUUUACACAGAUUCAUAUUAACAAGCUGCCAAGGGUUUUAAUCAUGGGACGCCCUAAUGUAGGGAAAUCAGCAUUGUUUAACCGAUUGAUACGAAGGAGGGAGGCGCUUGUGUACAACACUCCUACUGAUCAUGUUACUCGGGAUAUACGAGAAGGUAUUGCAAAAUUGGGGAAUUUGAGGUUUAAGGUGUUGGAUUCUGCUGGUAUAGAAGCAGAGGCUUCUUCUGGUUCUGUUCUUAGUAGAACUGCAGAAAUGACUGGAAAUGUGUUGUCGAAAACUCAAUUGGCACUCUUGUUAGUUGAUGCAAGAGAUGGAGUGUUGCCUAUGGAUUUGGAUGUUGGAAAGUGGUUGAGGAAGAAUGCACCUGGAAUGAAAACUAUUGUGGUGAUGAAUAAAGCUGAAUCGCUGGAUGAUUGUGAUGGUACACUUGCAUCUGCUGCUGGUGAGGCUUAUAGAUUAGGAUUUGGGGAUCCCAUUGCUUUAUCUGCUGAGACUGGACUUGGAAUGGCUGAACUUCAUGAGACUCUUAGACCAUUACUUGAAGAAUAUGUGCUCCAAAACAACUUAUGUGCUGAUGAGGAGGUACAGGAUAAUGACUCCUCCUCUGAAGAUAUGGAGUGUAAAUUGCCAUUGCAGUUGGCAAUUGUUGGACGGCCCAAUGUUGGAAAGUCAACCUUGUUGAACACAAUCUUGCAAGAAGAUCGUGUUUUAGUUGGCCCUGAGGCUGGUUUGACUAGAGAUUCCAUCCGCGCUGAAUUUCAGUACGAAGGAAGAACCAUUUAUUUGGUUGACACAGCAGGCUGGUUGGAGAGGACAAAACAACAGGAGAAGGGCCCUGCAUCUUUAAGUAUUAUGCAAUCAAGGAAACACCUUAUGAGAGCACAUGUAAUUGUUUUGGUCCUCGAUGCAGAAGAGAUUGCAAACACUAGGCGAAGCAUGAAGCAUGUUGAAGUAGUUAUAGCAAGGCGAGCGGUUGAGGAAGGACGUGGUCUUGUUGUGAUUGUAAAUAAGAUGGAUCUUCUAAGAGGGAAAGAAAAUUACAAAUUGUACAAGAGCGUAACUGAAGCUGUCCCCCAAGAAAUUCAGACAGUUAUUCCCCAGGUCACAGGGAUACCUGUUGUAUUUGUUUCAGCUCUAGAAGGAAAGAGCCAGAUAGCUGUAAUGAAUCAGGUCAUCGAAACAUAUGAAAAGUGGUGUUUGAGAUUGCCAACAGCUCGUCUUAACCGUUGGCUAUGUAAGGUAAUGAGCAGACAUUCAUGGAAAGAUCAGGCAGCUCAACCCAAGAUCAAGUAUUUCACUCAGGUGAAAGCUAGACCUCCAACUUUUAUUGCAUUUAUGAGUGGAAAAACCCAGCUCUCAGAUACAGAUUUGAGGUUCCUAACUAGAUCUUUGAAGGAAGACUUUGACUUGGGUGGAAUACCAGUCCGUAUAUUGCAACGAACUGUUGAAGGAAAUAGUAGAACUAGUACCAGCAGCAAGAACAAGCAAUCAGCUAAUAGAAUGAUGGAAAGGGUUGUUUCAGACAAAAGAACAAUCCUUGCUGUAGAAAACAGCAGAACCACUUGAAUUAUCCAAACUUUAGCGUAUUGUAUGUGGUCAUAUCUUUAAUUCAGAAAAAAGACAGAAAGAGUAUUUUUGGUCUUUGGGAAGGCGUAUAUCCACUUUGGAUUGGGUGCCCGGCAUAGGGCUUUUGACGUACCUUGUAAACUCCCUCCACCAUUGUCUCAAGUCUUUUCUCCAUUGUAUCCUAUCAUAGACGAUAGCCCUCUAUAUUUUAUGCUUUAUGUGAAUAUGUCAAGGAAGUUAAGUUUUCUUUUUUCUUUUAAUUAAUAUAGGGUGAAAAUCAUUUUGUUUCUUCUACAUGACUGAGUCUUUCAAUGCUUUUGUGGUAAAAGUUAGAGAGAAAUAGUUCUAAAUUCUUGGAAUAGAUUAGAAGAAAAACUAUGACUAGAUUUUAACAGAGGUAUGAAAUAGCUUCUGCUUUGGAUACUCCGAUUCCACCAAAAGUAAGAGAAAGAGUUACUUAAAAUCAGGAGGAGGGAAGAAAGAGUUACUCAACACCUGUUUCAAGUGCAUGGCUUGAAAAAUUAUGUGGUGGAUUUGAAGCAAAUGUCAUGUCAAUGUAGAGUGCCAUGCCGACAUGCUCUAAUGCUGCAUGACUCAUAUUAGAGAAGAUCCUACCAAAUUUGUUCAUCCCCUACUCAAUGAAGAAUGCUAUAUGAAGACGUAUUCUAGAAAGAUCAAUCCAGUACCGGAAGAGAGCAAUGGCCAGUUGUAGAUCACACUGUUGUGCAUCCUAAUAAGGAAAUGGAGAAGAGGAGAGGUAGAUAACCAAUUAAAUGGAGAAGAGAACUAGAUGAACAACCAGCCAAAAAGAGAGCAAUUCAUUGCACUUGCAAAAUAUGCCAUCAAAUUGGGCAUAGUAGUGGGAAGAAAACAUCAAGUACAAAUGCUGGCAAACUUCAUUAUGAUUUGCAAAAACCACCGGAUCUCUAGUUGCUGGAGUAGCCGCUUUUAGAACCACAUUAUUCACAGUUGGAGUUCCAAAAAGGAUGCAUCUUCAAGUCCAAAGCACUUCUGCUCGUUGCAUACCUUGAUCCACUGCUGUACGGAUAGUGUUUGCUGCUGCAGUUUGAGCAGCAAACAGUUUUCUUCUUCCCGUACCUUUUGAAUCCAGAAGUACCAGCGGACUUUAUCCUUCCUUCCUAUGUAUAAUCAAUCAGUAGUGAGAUAGUACUGUGAGUUUUUACUUGCCGUCUCACUCUUUGGUUUUGUUAGGCAUAUCAUUAUCUUUCAUCUUAUGUUACAUUAUACGUUCUCAUCUAGAAAAAGUCGAAUCGGCAUACAGAUUUUUGA